AUGAUCCUGCCGUUGCUGUCCGUCGUCUGCAUCGCUCAGUUUUUUGUCAGGGUUGGUUUUUGGGGAAGUUAUUAAAGGAGCAUAGGUGGGGUUGAUAAAGGGUUUUGGGACGAAAAGGAGAGUUUCUGGGCUUUGCAGAAGCUAUACUUGAUUCACAGCUUGGAAAACUGUCCAAAAGUCUUUAAAAUCCGGAUUUGAAGUUCCUCAAGCCGGUUACCUGCGAAAAUACAUUUCUGUAAAUUAAUAACACUAAAAAUCGCAUUUUUCUCUUUUUUCAAGCCCUUUCCCGAUCUUUUCACAAAAAAUAAUUUUUUGGAGAUAUUCAAAGUUCCCGUUUCACUGAAAAACGGGGUCAAACCAGGACUUCCCACUUUGAAAAUUCAGGUCUCUUGUUGAAGGAGCAUAGAUUGUGUAGGUUAGGUUUAAACUUUUGAAAAAUACAAAAACGAAAAUAAGUUCAAUUCAAGAGAACUCUUAUCCGUUUCGUGUUCUAAGGCGAGUCGUCCAAACUUCACGAUAAAUGGACAAUUUCAGGCAGAGCUAGCAGAAGUGAACGGCGUGGAGUCGUCGAAACGGGCCGACCUGUCCUCGUUCGACACUUUGGGCGGCAUGGGACUCGGAAAACGGUCCCAGAUCUACGCCUUCGACACCCUCGGCGGCAUGGGUGAGAUAUGGAGGAAAAAAUUGGGGUUAUAAGGGUGGUGUCUUGGAAUUUUGAGUGUUACUAGAUCACUAGAAAGGGCACUUUAACUGGUUCAAUAAGCUUGCUGGUUAACUGGCUCAAUAAGCUUACUACUGAAGUGGCCACUAGUGGCAGAAGGGUUUUUAGUGGCCACCCUAGCAUCCUUUUCAAGUAGCCCCUUGAGUAGCCACAAAACCUAUAAUUUUCGGUCAUUAAGGGAUCACUAAAUAUUCACUCUAAGAAUCACUCAAAGAUAACCGACUAUUCCAUUAGUUCUAAGCGACCUCGGACAUUGGUAACGCGAAACGGACGUGCUCCGGACGUUUCUGAGAAAUUCUAGGGGUCACUUAAGAGUUCUGAGGCUACUAAAGUGAUUCCUAGAAAUGCCCCGACACGUCCGAUUCGCGUCCCGUUCGCGUUACCAAGGCCAGAGACGUUAUGUCCCGAAGUUAAUGCCAAGUUAAAAAUAAUUUCCUGAAAAUUCAAAAAUUAUCUCUGGCUCUCUAAGAUUUAGUUGUCUUUUUCCUUUCUCUGACGGCUUUUUGAAUUUUGCGACUCUAAAAAUUUCUCAGUUUACCUAAAAUUUCAGAAAUUUUUUUCAGGCCUCGGAAAGCGAUCGCAACUGUCGGGAUUCGAUACGCUUGGCGGAAUGGGUCAGUUAAAAAACAAUAAUUCUCUUUUUCAGGCUUAGGGAAAACGUUUCUCUGGUUUCGAUACGUUAGGCGGCAUGGGCCUCGGCAAACGGUCUGACGUCAUCGGCGACAAAAGAGCCGCACUUUCCAGUUUCGACACUCUUGGAGGUAUACUCCGGGAAAAGGCUUUUUCUCUGCGCCCUCCUCGUCUCUCGCUUUUUCAUCUUUCUCUGACCCCGCCGGCGAGGGAACAGACAGGCGCAGAGAUGCGGAAAAGUGUCAAAUUGCGGCAAACGGACUAUAGGAGAGAAUGAGCUCAAGGAGAUAAAGGUCUCGAAACGAAAAGAGAGGCUUCAAUCAAAUAUUCUCUGGCCUUUUGGAAAACUCAGCAAUGAGCCGUUGUAACGCAUUUUUUUAUUUUUUUAAGCUUUCACAAAAUUUUUAGGUUACUGUAGCUUCAGAUUGUCGUUUCAGGACCUUUCUUCUUGAAAUUUCACUGAUGUAUUAGUUUUUGGAACACUUAUGAGAAAGGAAAAAUCAGCUUGAGAAUGAAAAAUGUUUCCAUUAAUUUUCAAAAAAAGUUCUUUCAAAUAAAUUCUUGUCUGCGCCCUCCCAUGUUUACGUGCUAUUUUCAUGUCUCUAUGACCUUUUCAAUAAGACAAGAGAAUUGAGAACACAAUGUACAAAAGAAAAAUGAUCAAUUGAAUGAAAACUUUCAGGAAUGGGCCUUGGAAAGCGGUCCGACCCAUCACCAGUAUACAACUUUGUGAUCCGCCCCGCGUACAACUGA